AGGGAAAACAUUAAGGACACUGCGUACCUUUUAUUCUGUAAUGUCAGAAAGGAACUACAACACCCAUGAGGCAACGCGAUAAGGAAGUUUCUAUCUCAGAUUCAGACGUGUUCAACUGAAACAGGAGUUUGUCUUGAAGCAGAAGCUCUCCAUUAAGACAACAAAAACGCUGCUUAUUUGCAAAAAUGCACCGAUCAGACAUCUGCUUUAUUAAGUGACACAUUUUUCCACCGAGUUUUUGUCACCAGUGAACCAAAAUGGGUACUGGUUUGGCUAUUGUUCUGGUUUUUGUCGGAUGCUGUAGCAAUGUUGUGUCUCUGGAGCUGCUUGUAAGACAGUUUCCAGGAUGUGGCAACAUAGUCACCUUCGCUCAGUUUGUCUUCAUUGCAUUAGAAGGUUUCAUCUUUGAAACAAACUUUGGGAAGAAGAAACCAGCAAUCCCUUUAAGAAACUAUGUGAUCAUGGUGACCAUGUUCUUCACAGUCAGUGUGAUCAACAACUACGCUCUCAACUUCAACAUCGCAAUGCCGUUACACAUGAUCUUCAGAUCGGGAUCACUAAUCGCUAACAUGAUCCUGGGAAUAAUCAUCCUGAAGAAAAGGUAUUCAGCGAGUAAAUAUCUGUCUGUAGCUUUAAUUUCAGCUGGUAUCUUCAUCUGCACCAUCAUGUCUGCCAGACAAAUGAAUGUAGGCAAUGAGGGAUCAGAAGAGCAAGGCUUUUAUGCCUUAAUGCACUGGCUUAUAGGUAUUGGCAUGUUGACCUUUGCUCUUCUGAUGUCUGCGAGGAUGGGCAUUUUCCAGGAGACGCUGUACAAGCAAUAUGGAAAACACUCCAAGGAAGCCCUUUUCUAUAAUCACUGCCUGCCUCUGCCGGGCUUCCUGCUUUUCUCCACAGACAUCUACAACCACUGUGUCUACUUCAGUCACAGCACUCCUACAGUUGUUCCGGUGGUUGGACUGACUGUGCCGAUAAUGUGGCUCUACCUGAUGAUCAACGUCAUCACACAGUAUGUGUGCAUCCGUGGCGUUUUCAUUCUGACCACAGAGUGCACCUCGCUGACCGUCACUCUGGUGGUGACUCUGAGGAAGUUCCUCAGCCUCAUCUUCUCCAUCAUGUACUUCCAAAACCCCUUCACCACGUGGCACUGGGUGGGCACGGCCGUGGUCUUCCUGGGCACUCUGCUGUACACAGAGGUGUGGAGCAGCGUGCGGGCGGCUCUGCGUGGACCUGACGUCAAGGAGAAGAAGGCCGAGUGAAGAGGACAAAGAUGAAGAUGAAGAAGAAGGGUGGUCGAUUAGAAAAACAGAUACUGUGUUGGACUUAGAGAUUGUGGUCGACUAUCCUGCAGUGAUUUUAUACAUUUAUAUCAUUUAGUUUAAGCCAGGGGUCUUCAACGUUUUUUAAGCCAAGGACCCCUAACUAAAAUAGAGACGGAGCAGGGACCCUCUACUACAUACGUAUAUUAUUUUGAAGUUGCAUAAUAAACUGGGCCUACAAUAACGUGUAGGGGGACCUAAAGCCUUUAUACAUACAUUUUUGGUAUAGAACAUCAAGCUACUAAUAAUUGUAUGCAUGAUUUUAUAAAUCAUGUUUUAAUGUUAGGAUUUACUGUAGCUGUGGAUGGCCUUAGUGACUACCUUACCUAUAGGCCAGUAAGCAGUGGGUUAUAUUU